AGAAGUUGUGAAUGGAGUUAGCAUUCUAUAAAAUAUUGAGAGGGAAUGUGAAGGACCGAUCGUCAAUGGUUAAUGCGACGUAUGUCUCCUAUCUAUUUUGUGAAGCCUCACUAAAGAUUGUGUCCCUGAAAUACUAGGGUGAUGCGGAACAGAAGCUCUGUGCAGCAGCAGUUAUUUGUACCAUCAGCAACUGAUUAGGCAUUAUGACCUUAAAAAGCAUGUGAAAGCCGACUAAGUUUACAGUCUCACGCUAAUACUUGUUAUUUCAUUGCUCUUUUCAUCUUUGUGAGUUUUACUGUUCUUCUUUCCCUUUUUUUGCCUUUUAUUUUACAUAAUACUUUAUUUCUCAUUGCUCAUUCUUCUGUCCUUUCUGCAUCUGCAAUCAAGAUUAACAUGGACUAUUUGAAUGCAUUGGCUACCAACCCAAAAUAUCAUGACGUCCUGACCAUUCUUAAAGGUUUUCGUAAUGGCGUUGUUUACGGCGCAAAAGUCAGGUUCCCUCACGCACUUGUUAUGACCAUUUUGUUCAAAACGGGAUCUGUGCAAAGUAAGGCAAAAGGAAUUCUUAAAGCAACAAAGCAACAUGCGCUAAACCUGGGUAAAUUUGCGACGAUUUACAAAACUUUAAUGCUUGUUCAAAAGAAGCUUAAUGGCGGAAAAGAAGCCAGUAUUCAUCCCUUUCUCGCCGGUAUCGUUGGAGGAUAUUAUGUAUUUGGAGAAAAUAACAGUAUCAAUCAACAGAUCAUCUUAUAUCUCUUUUCGAGAGUGGUCCUAGCUCUAGUGAAGGUGCCGGUAAGGAAACAGAUAAUUGAGGCACCCAAAAACACAUACCCCGUAUUUGCGGCUGUCGUGUGGGGAUUAGUUAUGUGGCUAUUCAGACACGAGACAGAUACAGUUCAACCUUCUCUAAGAGCCUCAAUGCAAUACAUCUAUCGCGAUUCAGACUCAUGGAACUCACUUAAAACGUUAAUAUGGCAUAACAAAUAACGACUGACAGAAGUGGUGCUUUUUACGUUUGAUAAGAUGGACCAUUUAUUUAUUUACUAUUUAGAUACUUUCAAAGACAUCACAAAUGUUGUUCUUGAUACCACUAUAAAGCAAUUUAUACUAUUACUACAUUUACAAAAUUAAACAAAGAUAUGUUCUAUACAAAAAGGAGCUUCGUUUCCCGUCUCGUUC